AUGAUGGACCAAUUGAAGGAACAGAGCAAGAAGGCGAGCGAGAAACUCGAGGACCUUUCCAAGAAGACGCAGAAGGAGAUGGAGAAGAUGCAGAAGGAGCUGGAGAAGACGAGCAAGAAGGCGCAGAAGAGCAUUGAAAAGACCGGUAAACAGACGAAAGACAGCGUGAACAAGGCGAUGAAAGAGACGCGAGACAGCGUGAACAAGGCGGUGCAGGAGACCAGGGACGCUACAGAGAGCAGUGGCAGUAGCCUCUUGCACUCGACCAAGGAGGCUGUUCACAUUGAGGUCAAGGGCUCGGAGAAGAAGGUCAAACGGGGACGUCGCAAGGACUCGAGCGACGAGGAGGACGGUCUGCUGGACGACAUUGGGGACGAGCUCGACCACAUGACGCUGAACCAGCGUCUGCUAGGGGCUAUUGGCUGCUAUGCGCUCAGUGGACUCUUUGCCUUUGCAGCGACAGUCAUGCUGUGUACGAGCGCGCACCAUGUGCGCUUCUACGCGUUCUUCUACUCGCUGAGCAAUCUGGCUACUUUUUCCAGCCUCGUUUUUAUCAUGGGACCGGGACAUCUUCGGAAGCGCAUGCUCUCGCGCAAGCGAAGCAAAGCAGGCCGUGCUUGGAUGGGUGCUUUGGCACUCACGAUCGUCGUGGCCUUUGUCUGGCCCUCGCACUGGUUCACAGUGAUUGUGCUGCUUGUUCUGCAGGUUGGCUGUAUGAUCUGGUACAGUGUGUCGUAUUAUGCGUACGGACGCAAGUUCCUGCACACGUACAUGGCGAAGCGGGUUGUGCUGGUCGAUGCCAUGGACGGCAAGAUUGACGGCAAGUGA